AUGGAGGUAGCUGUGCUGGACGAGGCUCAACUCGACAGGAGAUGCAGUGGCUGCUUUGGUGUACCUCACCCCCUCGCACUCGUAACUACGGAACCGGUCGAUCCACCACAGUUGAGCUUGGACUCAUUUGAAUGGUCAGAAGCUCUCACAUCUGGCUCCGAUGGAAUCGGCAAAUUCGGCACCAUAUUUGCACGGAAACUCGGUGGCGAAGAAAAUUCCCCUGGAAACUACCAACAGCGCGCACGCCGCUUAAACCAUCGAACUCUGAUCAGAAUCAUACUCCUCACUGGCCAGCAGAAGCAGAUCACCAGCGAAGCAUGUCGUGCAUCCGAAUCUCCAGUCUCCAUCGGAGACGCUUCAGGUCUCAAAGGCGAUAUCAAUGCUAUAAAGAACACCAAGGGGGUUCUGGGGUGGAGAUGGACCGCGCCACUAGAGAGGCAAACAACCUUCUUCAAAAGGGCCCUACUCCGUGAGAUUAAGAACAAACCCACAACUCCCCCACCACCGCCACCACAACCACAACCAACACUCAAUAUUGCCAAGGAGCUUAAACCCUUGACCAAAAAACUGGAAAUGGUCUAG